AUGGAUUCCACUUUGCCUUCACCAAACCCUGCCCUCCUGGUACCUCCAUCCAUGCCGCUCUACGAUUCAAUACGAGGAUCUAUAUUCGCUCCCUCGCCGACAGUCCUGAUAACUACUAUACUGGUUAUCUUCCUCACACCUAUCUUCCUUCACUUUAUUGUGUUCCACUCUCGUUCUCCGAUUAGCCUUCCAACAUUCUUGUUAGUUGGGCCUGCAGCGAGCGGGAAAACCUCUCUUAUGACAUCGUUUGAAUCUGAGCCUGGUCAACCUCCCGUCGAAACACGCACAAGUCAAACACCACAUUCCCUAGAAUGCUUUGUUCCUGCCUCCAUCGCUAGGACAUCGGAGUACAGAUCUGCCCAUGACCCUUCUCUCAAAGCGCAUAAAAGAUUCCUUCUUCUCGACACACCUGGGCAUGGCAAGCUGCGUCAUAUAGCUCUUACUCGGAUUUCCUCCACAACAAUUCGUGGAGUUAUUUUCGUCCUCGAUUCCUCUCUCACCGAUGUUCGGGUAGUAGCUGAAUAUCUCUAUGAUGUUCUAUUGACUUUACAAAGUUCUGCCACUUCAACCACUACACAGUCCAAAAAAUUACUAGUCGCUUGUAACAAAAGCGAUGCUUUUACAGCACUACCUCCAUCUAAAAUCCAGAAACUUCUGGAAGAUGAAAUCACAAAAAUGAGAGUUUCAAGGUCCAAAGGAAUCCUGGACGUUGAGGAUGACGGUGAGGGCAAUGAUGAGAAGGAGUGGUUGGGGGAAGGCGGUGAAGGUCCAUUUACUUUUCAGAGCAUGGAAGAAGUUGGUGUGGAGAUUGAGUUCAAAGGAGGUAGUGUGGAGAAUGGAGAAUGGAGAAACUGUCUGAGUCCUUGGAUUGGCAGCUGUUUAUAACCUUCCCUUCCAGGGUCAUAAAAGGAGUUGAUGGCUUGGGCUUUUAGCAGUUUAAAUUAUUAUUAUUUUACACUGGAAUUAACAUAAUUAUUGUAGCGCCAGUUUUU